AUGGCCACGACUGCCUUCCGCUUCUGUCUACUCUGGGCCUUCUUUGCUGCAUUCGUCGCCGCCAGUUCGACCACACGCAACCCACUGCGUGCCAUAUCCACAAUUCAAAAUGCCACAAUAGACACACAUACCCAUCGUGUGACGGCUUUGCAUCACUUCGACUUGACUUUCGCAUUGCGCCCGGAUUUACAUGUCAAACUCUCGCUUGAGCCCAACGACGACCUUCUUCCAAACUCCGGUCUGGUCGUCUCCUACUUGAACUCCGACGGAACUAUCUCUAGGACCGAGGACCUUGAUCGGCUGGCCCACAAGGUCUUCCGAGGAAGCGCCUGGUACCGUCAGGAAAACGUCGACGAUGAAUGGAUAAGAGCAGGAUGGGCAAGAAUCACAAUUGUCAAGGACGGUCUGCAGCCUCUGUUUCAGGGUGCAUUUUCGUUGAACCACGAUAACCACCACAUUCAACUCGCCCCGCACUUUGCCCACACACGCCAUGACCUUGAUCCUCAUGUUGAUACUGCAGAUGAGAAUGCCAUGGUUGUCUACCGCGAUUCAGACAUCCUGCUGGACCAGGACGUCGACUAUCAUAUGCAAGAGCUGAGAAGAAGUCUGGAUUAUAAUGAUGGACUCACCUGCCAGUCAGACAACCUAGGCUUCAACAGUCAACCUGAUCAUCCUGUCUACACCGCCAUGCUACGACGAUCCGACUCUGUCCUAGGUAGCGAAACUCUAGGUAAUCUGUUCGGUAAGCGCCAGGUCGAUAGCAGUACCUCCGGCAACUCUGCGGGCGUCGAUCUCAGUUCCACUAUUGGCCAGACCAAAGGUUGUCCGACCACUAGACAAGUUGCCCUUGUUGGCGUCGCUACAGACUGCACAUACACUGCCCAGUUCAACUCGACCGAGUCUGUACGCAUGAAUGUCAUUGACCAGAUGAAUACAGCAUCCAGCAUAUACGAACAAACUUUUAACAUCUCACUUGGUUUGGCCAACUUGACCAUCUCAGACUCAAACUGUCCUGGAACGCCCAACUCUGCAAGUGCUUGGAACCAGGCCUGUAGCGAUAGCGUCGAAAUUCAAGAUCGACUCAAUUUGUUUAGUGCAUGGAGAGGAAACCAAAAGGACAGCAACAGCCACUGGACCCUACUCAGCACUUGCAACACUGGUAGCGCAGUCGGUCUCGCCUGGCUUGGUCAAGCAUGCGUUCAGACGGCCUAUUCCACAAACAGCAGUACCACCGGCAACGGACAAUCUUCUAGCGCUGGCGCCGAGACCGUGACAGGUGCAAACGUCGUCGUCCGAACCCGAGGAGCAUCAGAGUGGCAGAUUAUCGCCCACGAGACUGGCCACACUUUCGGUGCUGUUCAUGAUUGUACAGAUCAAACCUGCGCACAAGCUUCGACCGUCAGCAGUCAACAGUGCUGUCCCCUAAGUUCUUCUGUCUGCAACGCAGGCGCGAACUAUAUCAUGAAUCCUUCGACCAGUUCUGGUGUCAAGACCUUCAGUCCAUGCAGUAUCGGCAACAUUUGCAGUGCUCUAGGUCGCAAUAGCGUCAAAUCUACCUGUCUGACUGCCAACAGAAACAUCAAGACCAUCGGCACACAGGAGUGUGGCAACGGCAUCGUUGAGGAGGGUGAAGACUGUGAUUGUGGUGGCGAGUCUGGAUGUUCGGGCAAUUCAUGCUGUGACGCGACAACUUGCAAAUUCAAGAACAGUGCCGUCUGUGAUGACAGCAACGAAGGCUGCUGCCACAACUGCCAAUUCGCCUCCAACGGAACCGUUUGUCGCGCUUCGACAGGGCCCUGUGAUCCCGCAGAGACUUGCCCUGGAACCUCGGGCAGCUGUCCUCAAGAUGCGAACGCGCCCGAUGGUGAUAGCUGUGGAAACAGCCUCCAGUGUGCCAGCGGCCAGUGCACAAGUCGUGAUCAGCAGUGCAGAAGCGUCAUGGGCGGCUACCAAGGCGUUGGAAACAACACUUCGGCUUGCGACAGCUCAACCUGCCAGAUCAAAUGCUCGGGCGGUCGUUCCUCUGUGUUCGGAAACAAUGUCUGCUUCGAGGUGCAACAGAACUUCUUAGACGGCACACCUUGCGGAGGCGGAGGCACAAACACCGGAGGCGAGAUUCGCUCAUGGAUCGACGACCACAAGGCCGUUGUGAUCGGUGUAUGCUGUGGCGUAGGCGGUCUCCUCCUCUUCCUCAUCUUCGGCUGCUGCACUCGUGCCUGCAAGAGACGCAGAGCCAAGCCUGCGAAGAUGCAAUCACCACCGCCUGGCUGGGGCACCCAGAUGCGUCCUAUGCCGCAAAACCCUUCGUACCCGCCGCCUCAGCAACAUUAUGGACAAGGGUAUGGGCAGCAGUGGGCUCCACCGCAAGGGCCGCCUCCACCGGCGUAUACACCAGGAGCGCGGUAUGCAUGA